AUGACCGGGCUACGUCCUUCCACCUCUUACUCCUAUGUAUAUGGAAGUGAUUUGGUUGGAUGGAGUGAAAAUAUUACAUUCAAAACACCGCCUUUUGCCGGUGCCAAUGAGCUCAAGUUUAUUGCGUACGGCGACAUGGGCAAGGCUCCACUUGACUCCUCAAUGGAACACUUCAUGCAGUCGGGAUCACUUAGAGUCGUCAAAGCUAUGGCUGAUGACAUGUCAUCUGGCCUUGUCGACUCCAUUUUCCACAUUGGUGACAUAAGCUACGCGACGGGAUUUCUUGUAGAGUGGGACUACUUUCUGAGCCUCAUAUCCACACGACUCGCCUCCCGAGUUCCUUACAUGACCUCAAUUGGGAAUCACGAGAGGAAUUAUAUGGAGUCCGCAUCACUCUACAAAACUACAGACUCGGGAGGUGAAUGUGGAGUUCCUUAUGAGACUUAUUUUCCGAUGCCAACGCCCGGAAAGGACAUGCCGUGGUACUUUAUUGAACAAGGGCCUGUGCAUUUUACGGUUAUCUCAACCGAGCAUAACUGGUCUGUUAAUUCGGAACAGUAUGAGUGGAUGAGAAAAGACAUGGCUGCAGUGGACAGAACAACAACACCUUGGAUAAUAUUCACAGGGCAUAGACCAAUGAACACAACCAAUCAAAGAUACACUGGAUUGCAUAAUGUCGACCACAUGUUCAUUGAUGCAAUUGAGCCAUUGCUACUACAGAAUAAGGUGGAUCUGGUUCUGUUUGGGCACAUAUACAACUACGAGAGAACUUGUGCCGUUUAUCAAAAAAUGUGUCUAUCAAUGCCGACAAAAGAAGGGAAUGGGAUUGACACGUAUGAUAAUACUAACUACACAGCUCCGGUUCAUGCCAUUAUUGGGAUGGCUGGAUUUACGAUCGAGGAAUUUCCAACAGAUAGGAAUAACAACUGGAGCUUGUCUAGGAUUGCUCAGUUUGGGUACAUUAGAGCGCAUGCAUCUAGGAAUGAACUUAAAGUCGAGGAAAAAAAAGGGGGCCAGGGGUUUGGGUUGGGGAAGGAACCGUGCCUAAUAAAGAGGGGUUGGGUGGAGACUUGCCAAAAGGAGGUCUCAAGUCAAAGGAGUCGGGUCCGGGACAAAAGAUGGGCUAGCGGGGGUCGGAAGAGCAGAAGAAGGGGGACAAAUAUGAGGAGAUGGUUCAACGUAGGGGGUUUUUCCCUUGUUAAUUUUGGCGGGACGAAUGGUUGA